AUGGCGCCGCGCGACGGCAAGUGCCUGGAGAUCGAGUGGAUCGGGCAACAAAAUGACAACGACUGCGGAUUGGCAUGCGUCAGGAUGGUUCUGCGAAUCCUUCGACGAGCCGAGCUGCCUGCGGCGACGGGUGGGUGGGUCUCUGGAGCCCGGGAAUGCAGCGCGUCUCUGGAGACGCCGAAGAACGUCCUCCACGCCGAGCGCACUUCCGUUGGCGCCCAUGAAAAAGCCGGUGUCUUGAAAGGCCAGGGCGUGUGUGCCGGGGCUGGCGCAGACUCUCUCUCAGAAACAGAGGAAGUGGGCAGUUUCCACGAGUCUUCAGCGCAGAAGCCUGCGCACAGGCCGUCUGCGUUGCGCCUAUCGACGCAGCAAGUUCGGCCUGUUCCCCGCCAAAGGACUCACCUGCCCGCCCAACGGCAGGUUCGUCGACUGACGCAGGAUCUGAGCGACCCCGCGCACGAAGACAUCCCCGCGGAGUUCGCUGGUCUCCCUUCGGACGCGACUCUCGCACAGCGACGAGAAGAGAUGUGUCGCCUGUGGCAGAGACUCAACGACGGUGCCUGGACCGUCGACCUUUUCGUGCUCUUUCUGCACAUGGGCCUCGGCGCCGCUUGCCUCUUUGCGACUGUGUGCGAAGGCUUCAAUGCCACACACGCUCAUCGGCCGUUCUACGCAGAGGCAGAGCCUGAAGAGCAGCGGCGCGUCGAGCGGCAGUUCAGCCUCGUCCGGCAAGCGGGCGGCGCAGUCUUGAACAGGAGUUUUUCGGCCGUGGAGCUGCGCGAGUUUCUCAGUGCAGAUGGAGUGAUCAUCUGCCUGGUGCACAGAGGGAUUUUGGACGCGUAUGUGUCCGUGAUGAAGUCUCGGCAAGUCAGGUCGAAGCAGGAAGCGCGCGCGCUGCGUGCGCACGCGCGGCGAGCCGCAGCGGCGGCAGGCAGACUGGAGUACGAAGGACACUUCGUCGUCCUGGUCGGUUUCAGGAAGGCGGCGGAACCCUGCUCCACCUCUUCCAGUGAGUUACUUAGCUCUCGGACUCUUUCGCCGAUUCACCGUGCUACGCGGGGAUCCUCCACGAGGAGAUCCGCAGCUGCCCCAAACGCGCACCCCUCCGGGGGGGAAGGGUGUGUAGCGGCAGGCGCUCGGAACCCCGACGUGAGCGAAACUCGAGCAGCCUGCCGUUCGCAGGGGAUACAAACAGCCCAGCGGUACCAGCUGCGCCACAGACACCGGGAGGCAGGAGACAGGGAACUCACCACGGAGGCGAUUCAAGGAGAAGACGGCGAGGACAUCGAUGCGGAGGAGUGGGACUAUUUUCUCCUCGAUCCUGCAGAGCCAGGCACGCAAAUUGUCGACGAGGAAGUCCUGACUCUGAGCAGAAAAGCACCAGGAACUGACGAAGAUCUUCUCUUCGUCUCCACUAAAGGUUUGCUGGAUGUCAAGCGCUUCCACACCGUUUUUUCCACGGCUUGA